CUGCCCUCAAUAUAGUACGAGGUAGCGAGCGCUAGAGGUAGGUGGUGCGUACGACGAUCAUCAAAGAGCAGAUUGGUACGAUAACGAAUACGAUACGAGAAAUGCUACCGCCGUAAGGGAGGAGAAGGGAUCAAUUCCACUCAUUCAUGAUGAAUGAAUUCCAUAAGAGGAUCCUUAUUCAAAACCGGGUUAGACUAGUGAACGAUUUACAAUCAGAAACGCUGAUUAACUAUAUGAUUCAGGAUGAAAUAAUGACACCCAAUCAUGCAGAAAUGCUCAAAUCAAAACUAACAACACAAUACAAGAAUGAGUACUUCUUAGAUUUGUUAGCAACAAGAGGACCAAAAGCAUUUGGCAGUUUUUUGAAAAAUCUGAAAGAGAGCGAAGACGAUCCAUUGUAUGAAUUUGUGAACAACUUAGCAAGUCAACCUCCAAAUAAUAUGGACAUCAAUCAACGUUAUACCGGACCACCUCAACAAGGGACUGGGUAUAUGCCUGGCGGCAUAAGUCAACCUCAUACAGGACACCCACAUCAAGUAUCUCCAGAUUCUGGUAGUAUGCCUGUUAGUACCAACCAAUUUCAACCAGGAUUCCCUCAACAAGUAUCUCCAUUUCCUGGAAGUCUGAUUUCAAAUGCCAGUCAGUAUCCUGUUGGACACCCUCAACAAGUAUCUUCAGCGGCUGGAAGUCUGAUUGGAAAUGACAAUCAGUAUCAUGCUGGACACACUCAACAAGUGUCUCCAGAUGUUGCCGAUGGCCCACCUCUUGCCGGACACCGAACGCCAUCAUAUGUUGCAAAGGAAAACAAAGCCAUGCCGCAAAUACCAGAAAGACGAACCACUGAAAUUGAUUUAAACACAUUUUCAGGAAAGAUGGGAUUCGAAUGGAAAAGCUUUAUCCGUAGUCUUGGACUGAAGAACAAUGAGAUCUUUCAUGCUUCAUCCGGGUGUCACACAGAAAGAGAUAAGAUAUUCUCUUGUCUUGUGAAAUGGAGGAAUCGAGAAGCCAACAAAGCAACUGUUAGAGCACUUGUCGAAAAGUGCAUUGAAAAUGAAAUAGACGUAGAAGUUUAUGAUUUUCUUCUCCAUUAAUAGAUUAGAGUUGAGCCAGUUACUUCUCAGUAUUUAAUAAGUUUUAGUAAUAUAUAUAAUCAAACUCAAAUGAUCAGCUCUAGCACCCACCAUUUCCAUUGCUAAUUUUUCAUAAUUGAGUCCCCUUUCUCAGGCCCUUGAUUUUGAAAGGAUGGAUUAGCUUUCAAAUCAUCUGAGAGUGCAAGUGCCACCAAUUAUAUUCAUCUAAAUAUCCAGUUAAAGUAUAGAGUAAGUAAUUAGUGCUUAGAAAAAACUGCAAGAAAAAGUGUCUAUAAGUAACAAACAGGUAACAAGUGUAGAGAUUUUGUAACUUUUUAUCCAACCAAUGAAGACUGACCUUAAGACGAACAGUUUUGAUGUUUAUUCCACGAACACCAUAUGCAAAGAAACUAAGGAAAAAGUACCUUAGCUCAA